AUGACAGGAAAUAUCGGUAAAGGAGUCACACAAUACAAAGUAACCGACCCAUCUGAUGAUCCUUUAAGCCCUAAACCAGGAACCCUUAGAUACGGAGCAACGCUCAUCAAAGGAAAGAAAUGGAUCACAUUCAAAAGAAACAUGAAGAUCAAACUUCAUAAACCGCUACUAAUCAGCAGCUUCACGACGCUCGAUGGUCGCGGUGUGAGCGCUCACAUCAAGGGUCCCGGUUGUCUCAUAGUCUACAAAGCCACGGAUGUGAUCAUUCAUGGACUUAAGAUCCAUGAUUGUAAAGCUCAUAAACCAAGCUCAGUUAUGGGACCGGACUCAAAGAUCAUUCCACUUGGACAAGUGGACGGCGACGCAAUCAGGCUGGUCACGGCUAAGAAAGUGUGGAUCGACCACAACACGCUCUAUGAUUGCGAAGACGGUCUAUUAGACGUCACAAGAGGGAGUACUGACGUCACAGUGUCCAACAAUUGGUUUAGGAACCAGGACAAGGUCAUGCUUCUUGGACAUGAUGAUGGCUAUGUAAGAGACAAAGACAUGAGAGUCACUGUUGUGUUUAACCACUUUGGUCCUAAUUGCAACCAGAGAAUGCCAAGAGUGCGACAUGGAUAUGCUCAUGUCGCAAAUAACUAUUACCAAGGAUGGACUCAAUACGCAAUUGGAGGAAGCAUGAGCCCUCGUGUGAAGAGCGAAUCAAACUAUUUCGUCGCACCAAAAUCCGGAAGCAAAGAGGUGUUGGAAAAGCCCGGCCCAAUUACGGACCAUCUCAAAGGUUCACAGUAG